UCUUUCCGUACGUUAGCGCCAUUUUGUCUCAACUGACGCUGUGCCGGCUUUUAAAGAGCAAUUAUUACCAUAUUAAACUUUCCUUAUUUGUAGAAAUUCAUACCAAAAUGGGCAAGAAAAAGAGUGGCGACAGCAGUGACCAGUCCAGCGAGGAAGAAUAUGUAGUGGAGAAAGUUCUGGACAGACGCGUGGUUAAAGGCAAGGUCCAAUACCUGCUGAAGUGGAAGGGCUACAAAGAAGAGGAGAGCACAUGGGAACCGGAAGACAAUCUUGACUGUGCGGAGCUCAUCAAAACCUUUGAGGAUGCUCGCAAGGAAAAGGAGAAAUCAAAGAAGCCAGAGGAGCGAGCCAAGAAGCGCGUUCGCGAGUCGAGCGAGGACACGCGCAAGUCCCGCGGCGCCUCCGUGUCCUCCGCGGACGGCACCGACGCCAAGCGCAGCAAGGACAAGGAUGACAAGAAGUCCGGCUUCGAGAAGGGGCUCAAGGCUGAGAAGAUUAUCGGUGCGAGUGACGCGACGGGGCAACUGAUGUUCCUCAUAAAGUGGGCAGACUCGGACGAGGCCGAGCUCGUGCCCGCCAAGAUCGCUAACGUCAAGUGUCCGCAGGAGGUGAUCACGUUCUACGAGGAGCGACUCACAUGGCACACGCCGGCCGAGUCCGAGUGAGAUGCUCCCUCCGCGCGCCACUUACAAGCGCAUCUACCCGACACACCGCCUACCGCCUGACUGUACCAUCCACACCUGACUCAGUUAACCUUAUUCUAAACACAUAAGACCUUCUUGCAUCUAUCUGGUCACUGAACACUUCCUGCUAAGAGUGACAAAGAUAUAAAUACAUAUCCUCCUCAGUCCUUCUCAGCAGAAAGUGUCCAGCGAUCAAUUGAUGGUCAGUUAAAAGCGUUGCUAUUAGUACACAAUCGAGGCCUCGGUCUCCAAUUUGAUCUCUGGUUAUGACCUAGUUGGUAUGAUGCAAAGAAAUUUCUUUAGAACUUAAUGCUGUAUAUGAUUUAAAAUCGGAGAUCAAGGUCUAAUAAGUGACAUCUGGUACUAUUAACUAUUUCCUUUUGAACUGUAAUUAAACUGUCACUAUUACCUCGUAAUACUGGCAUAUUCAAGUACAUUAGAUCCAAAUAAUUCAAAAUCCGCGGUACUAAUGACAUGACAUUCCCAGAACACAGUCAUGUCACAAGGUGCGCAAAAACAUCUGAGCACGACUCUAUUGUCAACAGUAAAGAUUGUUCAAAUAUUUUUGAGCAUCCUGUGUUUUAGUAAAGUGUUAAGCCGACCACUAACUAACAGGCCGCCGGACAAUAUCGGCCUGUCAGUCAGAACAAAAAUUUGACAGCUCCGAACAACUGACAGGACGAUAUCGUCCGGCGGACUGAUAAUCAGUGGGCCCCUUUAGUUUGUUUCGAUACUAACAACGUAAGCAACGCAAUUGUCUACAGUAUGUUUUCACAAUGUUCCAGAAUAAGAUGUGCUUGUAAAUGAUGCGGGGGGAAAAUAGCGUGUUAGCGUGCGUUAAUAGACAUAAAGUGUAAAGCACAUAAUGCUCGCCCUUAAGAGUUGAUCAAAGGCUAGCUUUCAAAGAUAAUUCUCUGGUGUAGAGAAUUUGGGCCGGAACCGCCGUGGCCGGGUGGUCUAGUGGUCAGGACGUUAGCCGCGUAAGCUAACGCGGGUUCUAUUCCCGCCUCGGCCACCGGUGUACUUGGUCACUU